AUGGCGGCGUCCUGCCGCGUCUUCAACACCACCUACAACCCCGAGCGCGUCCGCAUUGGCUCCCACAUCAUGCAUCGGCGCCUCAAGGGUGCCGCGGUCGCCUCGUACUACCCGCCGAGGAUAGGCACCAUUGCUCAGCUGCGGUCGCUGUAUCCCCAGCAUGAGCUUCAAGAUGACGCCGAGGAGGACUGGCUUGAGCACCUCAACGUGGCGAGGUCGCGCGGCAAGGCAGUGCCGAAGAAGAAGAGGACGGCUGCUGAAUCGAAAAAGUACAACAAGAGGAGAUAG